AUGUUACUGAACUGUCUCUGCUCCAGAUUCUGGAUCCCGACUUUGCUCUUGAUCAACGGAGCAAGGUUCUCGUACACUCCAGUGACAAACCCCAUUCCUUGCACAACUUUGGUGGACAUCGAGCCGCCGGCCGAGUUGAACUUGAGUCCGCAGCUGAACCGCUCGCACUCGCCCACCAGCAGCUCGUGGCCCUGCUGGAACUGCUGCGCGCUCAACAGCAACGAACAAAUGCCAACAGGGUUGAAGAAGUACUUGACAGGGUUGGAAUUGGGGUCUUCUCCAAACACUUUCUGGGAGUUUGCCGUGUGCGAGAUUCCAAGCCCAACAAAAUCGGGGUCCUUAGAAUACCAAACGCUGUACGGAUGGGUCCACACGGGCAGUGUUUGUUCCUCCACGAGGAAGUUGCCGUAG